UGUUUCCAGGGUUCAGGCGGAUGUGUGAUAUGUUUGAGGUUUUAAUGGUCGCUGAUGCUGACCCUGUUCCAGCCCAGCGGCCGGCGGUGAUUUGUCAGUGAGGCGGCGCGUUGCCCGGUGGGCGGGUGCUCUUCGCUCUCCUUUUGAGUGACAGCAGGCCGAGGUAAUCGGCCGGCGAUCCAUUGAUGACGUCUGGGCCCUGUUGGCCAAUCGGAGCGGGCCGUGGAGCCGGGCGGAGGGCAGGCGGCAGGUGCGGAGCCUUCGAACCAUCUCCCCUCACCCCCAACACCCCCCCCACCCCCCCCUUCCCCCCCCCCCCCCACCACCCUGAGACUGAGCUCUGUCUAGGGCCUUCACCUAGUGCUGUCCCAUUGCCCACCUCCAUCUUCAACCUGUCACAGAUCUCCCCUUGUCUGAAGCCCAUUCCCCGCCCGGGGUUUUAAUUCCUCAGCAUGACAGGAAUAACAACUUGCGUUUAAUCAGCGCCUUUCACGUUUCUGAAAACGUUCCAAGGCCCGUAUGUAUAAUAUAAAGUGGACUAGAGAGAUUCAAGCAGGGGUACAGUUGACUUGGUCGUGAAGCUGAUACAAGUAAUGAACCCUUUCUGGAGCAUGUCUACAAGCUCUGCUCGAAAGAAAUCAGACAGUGAAGAAAGAGGUUUGUCUGGAGAACAGAAGACCAGCCCUCCACGUUCUUUAUCAGCCAAGAAACAGUUGCCUUCUAUACCAAAAAAUGCUGUUCCUGUGACUAAGCCCAUUCCUCCUGUCACAUCUACGCAGUCAACUAAUGGGACACAUGCUUCUUACGGUCCCUUCUAUCUAGAAUAUUCUCUUCUUGCUGAAUUUACCUUGGUUGUAAAGCAGAAACUGCCUGGCGUCUAUGUACAACCCUCGUAUGGAUCUGCAUUAAUGUGGUUUGGGGUGAUCUUUAUAAGACAUGGCUUGUACCAGGAUGGUGUAUUUAAGUUUACUAUUUAUAUUCCUGACAACUACCCAGACGGUGACUGCCCUCGCUUGAUGUUUGAUAUGCCAGUCUUCCACCCGCUAGUAGAUCCAACAACAGGAGAAUUGGAUGUAAGCAGAGCAUUCACAAAGUGGAGACGGAAUCAUAAUCAUAUCUGGCAGGUGCUGAUGUAUGCUCGUCGAGUGUUUUACAAGAUUGAUACAGUUAAUCCCUUGAACCCUGAAGCUGCAGUACUAUAUGAAAAAGAUAUUCACUUGUUCAAAAGCAAAGUAGUUGACAGUGUCAAAUUAUGCAACAGUCGACUUUUUGAUCAACCUAAAAUGGAUGACCCUUAUGCAAUUAGCUUUUCACCAUGGAAUCCAGCAAUACAUGAAGAAGCCAGAGAGAAGAUGUUGACUCCGAAGAGGAAAAUUGAUGAUCAGAACAAAGGCAUGCACGUGGCUGGUCUUUCCUGGGUAAAGCCUGGUUCCACACAACCUUUCAGCAAAGAUGAAAAUACUGUGCAAACCUAAGGCAUCCUAUUAACACCACCACACGGCACUUUCUAUCUGUGAAACAUGGACCAGGUCAAUUAGAAUAUAAGUUUCCUGUUGGUGCACAUGUUGGACUUAUUUUAGCAGUGACUGUAAAAACAAAGUUAUACAUAAAAUUGGAACUGCUGAAAGAUUGGGUUUUUUGUGUGUAGAAUACAACAUUUUAAACUAGUAUUCAAAUUCAACUUUUAACUGAAGGUUUGUAAAAUUUUCAUUUUGAAGACCUCUGUCUAUACUCAAGUAAUCUUGGCAAUACAACUAUCAAUUAUGUUGGGAUGGUUAAGUGAAUUAAAUGCUAUAUCAUAAAGAUGACACCAUUUUAUAAUACUGUUAUGACGUAGAAAUGUUUUCAUGUUUUGGGGCUGGUCUGUAGAGAUUAAGGUGAGUUUAGCCAUUCAAUAAUUCAUUUCCGAACUCUUACAUAGUGUGACAGUAUUUAGCAGUUUUCAUAAGUCAUUUGGGUUUUCUAUUGUAAAUAUGUUGGUGUAUAAAUUUUGUAAAUAGCUUGUUACCCUAUAGUUAGCAUUUUGAGAUGAAAGUAACAAUACUCGGCUGGCAUACAUUUUGGAAAGGCUGAUCUGUGCCAAAAUAACCAACUUGGUACAUCGAGCCUCAAGUUUUGUAAUUUCAGUGGUCUUUAUAUACUGUAUGAAUGUAUAAAGUAAUUCAAAGAAGACUUCUCUUCCAAUAUUAAACAUUAUCAUGUUUAUAAUUGUGCAGUACAACAGCAUAUUAUGCACUAUAUGCUGCUUUGGAUACCAAAAUUGGGGUGAAUUUUAAGGGGAAAUAGCUGCUGGCGUACAAACUGAUGUCAUAGUGGCUUAACCCUUAAAAUAAAGACAAGUUAAAACUGUACCAACCACUCGAAUGUAUUUGCCAUGUGUCUGUGGAUGCUUUUGAUAUGUCAUGUCACAUCCUGUUAAAAGAACCCAUGUAAUCCUUUAGCCUUGGACACAUUGAUAAUACCAUCAUAAAGAUUAUUCCAGUG